CAUGAGUGUUUGAAUUAAAAGCGGCAGGCAGACGUCGAUAGUAAGCAAACAAGAGAGGCAUCCCACCUCGAUAAUAAAGCCACCUUAAUAGAAUAUCUUCCUUCAGCAUAGUUGUUUAUGGCUGACUUAAGAUGGGACUUGUGCUACCUUGGAUAUUUUAAGUGAAAACUUCAGAAACCCCAGGAUAUAAGUUACAGCGUCACGUUAGCAAUCCACUGUUGCCAUCAAAAUGCCUAUUCGGGCUUACUGCACCAUCUGUUCGGAUUUCUUUGAUCACACCAGAGACGUGGCUGCCAUUCACUGCGGCCAUACUUUCCAUUAUGAGUGCCUGCUGCAGUGGUUUCAGACAGCUCCAAACAGAACGUGUCCCCAGUGCAGGAAACAGGUGAGUACUAAACACAUCAUCAACAAGUUAUUUUUUGACAUUGGAGGAGAAGAGGAAGGAGGUUCAGUGGAUCCAGAGAAUUUACAGAAUGAGCUGGACCGUUUGAGGGUAGUCUUGAGCACGAAAGAGCGGGACUGCCGUGACAAACAGAAGCUGAUCGAGAGCCUGAAACAGAUAGCGGAGAAGCUAAAGCAGGACUCGGAACGUCUGAAGAAAGAUAUCGGAGAUAAAGAGAUGGUCUGCUCAGUUUUACGGAAAGAACUGAGGAACCUGGAGAAGCAGCAUCUGGACUCUCAAGCAGCCAAGGAAGAGGCGCGUCAGCUACGGGUCAGACUGAAGACCUACGAGAGUUUAGAUACAGUACUGCAGGGCCAGAGGGAUGAGGUGGAAGCCAUGAUCUCUGACAUGGGAGUCGGCCAGUCAGCUGUGGAGCAGCUCUCAAUCUACUGCGUCUCACUCAAGAAGGAGUAUGACAGCCUGAAAAGUAGCUUCCGCUCCACCAACGAGAUGGUUGAGAAACUCAGGAGGGAGGUGUUCAUUUCCAACAACAAGUUGCAGAAGGCCAAUAUAGAGGUGAACCGGACCAAAGAGGAUAUGCUCGCUGCCCAGAAGGAUCUGACUAGUGCUGACAAAGAGAUCACAAGUCUGAAGAAGAAAGUGGAGAUUCUACAGAAGACCCUCAGCACGCCCACCCGCACCAACGAUGCAAUCAGCCGACUGGUGUUCGAGAGUCCCGCCCCCCUGGAGCUGAAGCCCCGCCUCCGUCGGCCGGAGCACGAUCAGGACGUUGACCUCAACCUGACCUUCGACGUGCCCACGCCCGAGCAAACUGAGCGCAAGCCCUCGCACAGCCACGCACCUGCCAAGAAGAUGCGCCUGGACUCCACAGGAUCGUCACCACAUCUUUCAGAGAAUGCUUCUGAGACCAAGAAAUCCCAAGUGAAGGAUCCCACCGAUCCAUUUUUUCGGAACUCCCUACUGUUCCGGAAGAAAGCAUUUGGAAGCAUGCUAGAUCCCCACAACAAACCUGGAGUGGUGAGGACAGGAUAUGAUGGCCUGGGAGGAAGGACCAAAUUUAUUCAGCCUUCUCCGCUGGCUGGGCUCCGACCGCUGGCUGUGAAGGCGAAGAGGAAGAAGGUUUCCCGUCCACCAAUGGGAAGGCUCCCCACCAGUCUGACACUCGACAAUUUCCUGGAGUGACUGAGCGAGCGAGGACAUGGCCUGUGGCCAGCCCUGACACUGGCUGUGAACAGAGAGACAUGCGCACGUACAGGAGUCUGGCUUGCAUACGGUACACGGGCAAGUGCAAGCGUACAGUAUAGGGGCACUUAUGUGUGUGUGUGUGUGUGUGUGUGCGUGCGUGCGUCUGUAUAUGUUUAUGAUUUAUUAACUACACAAAAAAACAGUUGUAGUCCUCAGCAGUAUGAUGUUUUGCUUUUUGCAUUAUGUGACCUAAAUAACAGUUGACCCCGAAAUGGAUCUACGGACGCCUAACCACACAGGGCGGAGUCCUUUUUGGUGUUUACUGCUAUUCGUGGACAUCAGGUGAUGAGCAAGCACGUUAGUCCUUACCAUGCACAGAACCAUCACCUGUAAUACAAAGUAGAUUGAUUUUUUUAUUUGAAGUCUGUCAACCAUGCAUUGAUUGUAGAUAUUUUUAUAUAUGAAUUGUACAGCUGUUAAAAGUUUUAAUAAAGUUGUUUUUUUCC